GCGAGAGAGAGAGAGAGAGAGAGAGAGAGAUCCAGAGGAAGAGAGGGGGGCUUCCAGACUGGAUGGGCCCAGCAGUGCCUUGAUGGAGCAUGGGCCAGGUUCUAGGAUUCUCCCACUGCAAGGAAUAUGGUUCUGUCUCCUCCACGCCUGAUUCAACACCUCCCUGCACUGACGGUGGGAAUGAGGAGUCUGAGCUGUACGACCUGCAGACGGCCAGGGAGUGGUCUGACGAAGAAGACGGGGGUCCGGAGGAUGAUGACGGUGGAGCUUCAUCCCCCUCCAUUUGGGGGACCCCGAGACAGAACUCCUUCGAGCCCACCUUCUCCUACAUCGCCAUCGCCGAGGCCGAGGCAGGUGGAGCCUCACGACAUCAUCGUGACUCAUCGUCAGGGAGCCGGCGGAGGGGCGGGGCCAGGGGAGGCCGCACCUCCCUGAUCCGCACGGACACCGUGGAAUCGCUCCUCCCCCUGGACUCCCCCGACGUGGAGUGGGACCCCCACAUCUUCCUCACCCUAGAGGAUGAGGAGGAGAGGGAGGAAAGGGAGAGGGACCCCCACAUCUUCCUCACCCUAGAGGAUGAGGAGGAGAGGGAGGAAAGGGAGAGGGACCCCCACACCUUCCUCACCCUAGAGGAUGAGGAGGAGAGGGAGGAAAGGGAGAGGGACGUCCACAGACAACCUGUGACAGUCCAGGAUUCUCUCCUAGAUACUGAGAUUGAACCUCAAGAGAGGGACACAGAGACCCAGAGAGAGGAGACAGAGCCCCUGGAGCCCCAGAACUACAGUCCCUCUGACAGCCACCAGGCCGCAUCACCACCCCCUGAGCCUGAGUCCCUCGUAACCAUGGAAACCACCGUCCCACUGCUCACGGCUGUGCGACCAAGAGGCGGCCUCACCGAUGACGUGUCAUCCACUUCCUCCACCUCCAUUGGUCGAAACACUCAGGAAGAGCUGGUUAGCGAACAGUGGUUUUCGGUGCUCAACCUAUCAGGCCCUACGAUAUGCACCCACAUAGCAGUGAUGGAUCUGAUCUACUGGAAGGACACAGAGCGUACAGGCAUGGUAUUCACAGGGCUGGUGGUGGGUUUGCUGUCCUUGUUCCAGCUCAGCAUCAUCACAGUCAUCUCCACCAUCUCCCUGGGGGCCCUGUGCUUCACCGUCUCAGUCAGCCUCUACUAUAAGAUCCUGCACGUGCUCAACAUGGGAGACGGAGUGCCCCCCUUCAAGGCGUAUCUAGAUUUGGAUAUCAGUUUCAGUGGGGAGCUGGCUGACCAAUACACGCAGAAGGUCAUCGUUGCAGCCGUCUCUGCUGCUAACUCACUCAAGAAUCUCUUCCUGGUUGGAAACCUCUUCGACUCUCUCAAGCUCCUGGCUCUGAUGUACCUGGUGACUUUCCUGGGAGACCUGUGUAAUGGCCUUACUGUGCUCAUCAUUGGUGUGAUCGCUCUAUUCUCUCUACCGCUGGUCUACAGGCAGCACCAGGCAAAAGUGGACGGCUUCGUUGCAGGAAUUCAGGCCAACGUUGACAACGCCAAGGACAUUCUCCACAGAAUUGCCCACGGUGGUGGUCCCACCCCUGACACAACCCCUGGCGGUGCCAAGCCCAAAACACAAUGAAGAGUCAUGGCGGACAGGAGAGGAGGAUGAGGAGCAGAGAAGAGGAGGAGUUACAGGCUGUCACUCAGAUGUCUUACUAAGCAGUCUGUUCUCAGAGCUCCAGAACGUGGAGUUUCUGAGAUGGGGGGGGGGGGGUCAAACCAUGGGGUUGGGACAUGAUGAUACUGUAUACUGUAUGGUGGGAUAGGGUAGCUUGCUAGUGGGUGAGGAUGAGGGAACGGGAGUGAUAUCUGGACGGGAGUAGUUGCUGUUUCGAAGGAAGGUUUAAGACACAGCUCAGUGUUAAAUGACCUACAUGGGUGAUUGUGGCUUGAAUGAUAGAGACUGUGGCAGUCCAGUAAAGUUAUAAGACUGAUUGGAACCUCGAACUCUAGGAGACCUGUGUGUUCCUUAUUGACAGCUGUAUAUCUGAACAGAGGGAAGUAAAAACUUCAGAAUAGAGUCCAGCGGGACUGGAGUUCACCAGGAGCUAGGACAGGGUCAGGCCCGGGUCAAAGGUUAGAGUUCACCAAACUAGAGUUCAUCAUUAUUCAUGGCAGCCUAACACUUGGAAUCAGGAUGUGUGUGUGUGUGUGUGUGUGUGUGUGUGUGUGUACACACAGUAUGUGUGAGUUGACAUGCAGCUUGCUGAUCUGAACCUGUUACCUGAGAGCUAUUAAAACCACAAUUUGUUCUUUUAA